UUUAGUUUUUUAAUUAUUAUUUUAAUUUGAUUUUUGGUGAUUUGUUGUUAAUAUGUGACAUCACUUGUUAUUUAGUAAAACCGAUUGUUUUAAUCAUUUAUUCAUUUAUUGAGAGAAUUACUGAAAAAAUGAUGAAAACUAACGAAGAAAAUGAUUUGAAUGAGAAAGAACUCGAAAGUGAAGUUAAGUUUAAUCCUCCACUUUAUAUACAAAGAUAUCAAUUUGUUUUUGAUUUGUUGAACAAAAACAGUCAUUUAGUGACAAAAAUAGCUGAUUUCGGUGCAGCCGAAGGCAAAAUUAUGCGACGCUUUAAAAGAUUAUCAAAUGUCGAGGAAAUUGCUUUAAUUGAUUGCGACGAGUAUUCACUUGAAAUCUGUUCACUAGAGGCUCGACCUCUUGUUUAUGACUAUCUAUUUAGUGAACGAUUGAUAGAAAUGACAGUCAAUGUCUAUAAUGGAAGCGUCGCUCAAAGGGAUAGUCGUCUUUUGGGAUAUGAUGUCAUCACUUGUAUAGAACUUAUUGAGCACUUAAAGGAUGAAGUGUUGGUUGCUUUGCCCGACAAUAUAUUUGGCUUUAUUUGUCCAAAAUUUGUUAUAAUAACGACACCAAACAGUGAAUACAAUGUAAUGUUUUCGCAGCUUAAAUGCGGACAAUUCAGACAUUGGGACCAUAAGUUUGAGUGGAAUCGCCAACAAUUCACUAAUUGGUGUCAAACUAUUGUUAAUAGAUAUCCUAAUUAUACCUAUGAAUUGACAGGUGUUGGUGAACCACCCAUUUGUCGCAAAGACAUUGGUUUUUGUACACAAAUUGCUAUUUUCACGCGAUUUCAAUCAAAUGAAUGUCCAAAUGAAAUAAAUGUUUGCGAAGACUAUAAUAAUAAUUAUAAGUUAAUCGAAACUUUUAAGUAUCCGAUGAAUAAAAAUAACAAAACUGAAUCCCAAACAUAUGUCGAUUGGCCCACAGUUUGAACUAAAGAUAGAGAUUUCAAUAAAAUUUUAUUUGUAUUUAAAAAUGC